GUAUUCUUCUUUCACCUCUGUUUUUUUCCCGCCAUCAUUAAGAAACCGCAAUUUUCUAAAAACGAAUAACUCAGAAUGUUCUAGAUACUACCAUUAUCACCCCUCACUUUCUAUAAAUUCCCAUUCUCAUGUUCCCAUCAUCAUCAACAAAACAAACUUCUUAAUUCUCCUUGCAAAUCAAGACUAUCAAUCUCACAAUAAAUCAAACACUCAUACAAAACCAAAAUCAAUCAAAAAUGUCGCUGGUUCCAAGCUUUUUCGGAAACCGACGAAGCAAUGUCUUCGACCCAUUUUCUCUCGAUUUAUUCGACCCUUUCCAUGAUUUUCCCUUCAACAACACCACCUCUCGAUCACUCACCUCCACCGGUGGCGACACCGACAUCGCUGCGUUUGUGAACACCCGAAUUGACUGGAAAGAGACUCCGGAGGCCCAUGUAUUCAAGGCGGAUUUACCCGGGUUGAAGAAGGAGGAGGUCAAGGUUGAGGUGGAAGACGGAAAGGUGCUCCAGAUCAGCGGUGAGAGAAACAGAGAGCAGGUAAAGAAUGACAAGUGGCACCGUGUCGAGCGGAGUUCUGGAAAGUUCUUAAGGAGGUUUAGGCUGCCGGAGAAUGCGAAGAUGGAUGAGAUCAAAGCGAAUAUGGAGAAUGGUGUUCUUACUGUCAGUGUGCCUAAAGCUGAGGAGAAGAAGCCUCAAGUUAAGUCUAUUCACAUUUCUGCUGCUUAAAUGGGGCUUAAUUAAGAUUAUUAUGAUAUAAACAUAUAAAAUGAGUGAUUAAUGAUGUAAUCUUCUUAUAUUUGUAUGUUACUCUGUAAUUAUAAUGUGUUUAAACACUUUAAUUAUCAUUUUCA